AUGACUCGAGUGUCGGGCCUGGCAGGGUUGCCAAACUUGCAAGUCCUUGACCUUCACAGCAAUCAGGUGAGCAGUCUGGCGGGUCUGGAGAACCACGCGAACUUGAGGGUGGUGAACCUGGCGGGGAAUCGCAUCUCGUGCAUCCAGGGCCUCGAGAACCUCCCUCGCCUCGUGGAAUUGAACCUCCGUCGGAACAAGAUCAAGUCCUCGGAGACGCCGCUUCCUUCCCUUCCCCUCCUGCAGCGCCUCUACCUCAGCCACAAUCUCAUCCGACGGUGA